GAUAAUACGUGAAUUAAGUUCUGAAGUGAAAAGUGCAUUGUUAAAAAAUUUAAUUAUUUGACUUUUUUAACAGAGGUAGGUGCACCUAAAAUAUAUGGGAUGGUAUCCAUGUUUUAUUUAUAAAAUAUCUGUAUAUAGAUCUUUAUAUAUUUUGUUGUACGAUAUUGAUAAAUCUAGUACCAAUUUUGAUAAAAUGGCGUUAGGCAGCAGAAUGCAAAACUUUAUGGUUUUAUUUUUCAUAAUAAUAGUAAAAAACGUACUUUUUACUAAUAGUGAGGUCUAUAGAUUACCUAGAAGCAUUAUACCAAAUACUUAUACAGUAAGGUUAAAAAUUCCAGAUGUUCAUAAUAACACGUAUACAGGGACUGAAGUAAUAACUUUUACCACGGUUGAACAAGUAGAUAAAAUUCUUAUGAAUUCAUCUCCUGUGCAUAUAAACAUUACUAAAAUUGACUUAAAUGAAGAUGGAUAUAUUCACCAUUGCUCAUGGAACUAUACUGAUAAUCUUACUGAUAUUGUUAGCAUUUCGUGCAAUAAGACGUUAGAAUCAAAUCAAGUGUAUUCCAUAAUGCUCAACUACGAAUCGAUAUUUUCCUCUGACGACCAAUUUGGAUUUUAUAAAAUCCAAUACAAAGAAAAAGAUAACGAAGAAAUGGUUUUAUUAACUAGGCUAUCUCCAACCUAUGCUAGAAGAGUUUUUCCCUGCUUCGAUGAACCAACCUUUAAAGCUACAUUUAAUUUUUUCGUAGCAUAUCCCCGAACGUAUCACAUUUUAGGAAAUACGCCAGUCGUGACUGAAGUUAACAGUGUUGAAGGUUUAACUGAGAGUCAGUUUGACACCACUCCGAUGAUGUCGACUUAUUCAAUCGGCUUUAUCGUUUCCAAAUUAAAACCGGUGAUCGAAGAAAUAACCGAUGUCGACUUCGCUUACAACGUUUUUACAAAGCCUAGUUUUAAACGAUUCGGAAAAACUAUGAUAGAUCAAAGUUCUAAGUUAGUAAAUGCUAUGGGAGAAUGGACUGGUACAAAAUACCAUGAAAUGGGUAAUAUACAGCUAUAUUCAAUACCUAUUGAACAUUUACAUUACGGAGAGGCAAAUAAUUGGGGACUACUAGUUAGUAGAGAAGAAUAUUCUUUAGAUGAGGAAACAAACACUACCGCAUUACAAAAGCAAACAAUUAUUUUGAAUCUAGCAAAUCAAAUAACACAGCAAUGGUUUGGGAGUUAUGUAUCGUUAAAUUGGUGGUCGAACACAUGGUUAAAUUUAGGUUUUGCAAAAUUUUUCGAGUAUUACAUAUCCAAUCAAGUUAAUACUGGCUUUGAUUUUGAAAACCAAUUCAUUAUAAACGUUCUACAAAAUUCUCUAUAUGAAGAUUCCAUUUUAAGCUUUGAUGAAUUAUCCAGUAAAGAAGAAGAUAUUGUAACACAAUCCGACAUUUUAAAAAAAAUUAACAAAUUAAUGUCAAACAAAGGAGCAAGUAUUAUACGUAUGAUGCAAUCAAUUUUGGGCAAGGAACUGUUUCGAAACAGCAUGAUCUCUCAUAUCAAUCAAUUCAAAUUUAACAAUACAAAUCCUACUUUCUUGCUGGACUCAUUAAAUUUGGGAAAUCUAAUGGAACCUUAUUUAUAUACACCUGGAUAUCCUCUGGUUACUGUAAAAUUGGACGAAAAUCAGAAAACCGCAGUUAUAACACAAGAACCGUUCAGCUUAAUAAAUGACGAAAAUAUGCAGAACACCUAUUGGAAUAUACCUAUAACAUAUACGUCAUCAGCCAAAAAGGAUUUGCCUCUUAAUGAAAUACAAUGGCUAAGAAGUAAUAAUGUUUUAAAUAUAAAUCUGAAUUCAGAAUGGAUAAUUUUAAAUAAUCAACAAAUAGGGUAUUUUAGGGUUAAUUACGACGAUGAACUGUGGACACGAAUAAUUCAUGUUUUAAAAGGAUCUCAAAGAACCGACAUAAAUGUCAUUAACAGAGCUCAAUUAAUUGAUGAUAUUUUCGCUGUUGCUAGAGUUGGUAAAGUUCAGUAUAGUAAGGCUUUUCUACUUGUCAGCUAUAUUACACACGAAACUGAUUAUUACCCUUGGGUUACCGCUUUAAAAGUUAUGAAAACCUUAUUCAACCAACUUAGUGAUAAAGACACCCUUGCGAUUUUGAAGAAAAACAUUCUCAACUGGAUAAAUACAGCAUUUCCAAACAUUCAUGCAAUAGACAGUACGCUUCACAUAGAAAUUAUGAAGCAAAGUUUAAUUUUAAAUUGGAAGUGCUUCUUAGGCGAUACUACCUGUCUCACUAAUGCAAGAAAUAAAUAUGAAGAGUUCAAACUAUCAAAAACUUUCCAGAAUUAUAAUGAAAGGGAUACAGUUUUAUGCUAUGGUGCUAAACGUAGUGAAAAAGCAAUUGAUGAAUACAGUUAUUUAAUCUAUCUCUAUCAGAACACAAAUACACAAACGAAAAAAACAGUUUUAUUAUCAGCAAUUGGAUGUAUUUCGGAUAAAGAAGUUCUGAAAAAUUACUUGAGAGAACUAGUCGUAACCGUAUCUGUGAUUUCCAAAUAUGAUGCUUUAACAGUUUUUGAAGCAGUGUCGUCAAAUGAAAAUGAAGGCGUGGAUUUAGCUUUACAGUUUUUAGAUGACAAUAUUUUAUUAAUAAUUGACAGGUAUUCGGAAGUAUUUCCAUUAACUGACUUUAUAAUAAGCAUCUCUGAUAAAAUUUCAACACAGAGUCAACUAGAUAAGCUAAAAACCCUAAUAGAUAGCCAUAUAGAAUUACAAGACAAUUCAAGUUCACGGUCAUUAAAAAUAAUUGAAAAUAAUUUGAAAUGGGCAAACAACUAUACCGAUGCUAUUAGGUAUACCUUGGAGCAUCCACUGACGUCUGCAAGUUCAAGGAUUCAUAAACACUGGGUUUUAGUGUGUAAUUUACUUGUAAUAAGUUAUUUUAUAAAAAUAUUUUAAAUAAAGUUAUUUUCUAAUUUG